AGAGUGUAGUCAGUAGUGUCAGAGAAACGUCAAAUGCAGUGUGUAAUCUGUGUCUGGUCUGCUUGGAUUAUUAUUUGAACAAAAAUAUUAUUGUGGUAAUCAUUGAGCUGAUUUUGCUUGAAGAUCAGCUUUAAUAGUGGUCUUUUAUUUAUUUCAAGAGAGGCGUUUGUGUAAUAAGGUAGUUUUAAUUCAUCUAUCUGCAUUUAAUCAUCUGCAAGACAAGUUAUUGGAAAAAUGGCGGAAUUGGAAGAAAAGGUGGUUAUGACACCAAAAAGCAAAACUGCUAAUUCUACUACUUUAGUGAUUGAAAGGAAAGCAGUUGAACCAGAGGCAAGUGACAAGAUCCAUGUAGCUGGAGGUGACCACACUGGCAUUAUUAUCAACAAAGAGAAAAAUUAUGAGAAUGGUGUGACGGAGCCAUGUCACGCUCAGUUGGAAUUCUACGUAUAUUUGGUGUCCGCCGCGACGGGUACGCACUCGAGAGAGGCUCGCGCGUUAAGGUUCUGGUUCAAACCAAAUAUGACGCCGCACGAACGGCCUUAUGAAGCACAGGCGUUCUUCAGGGAACUCGUUAGCCCACAAGAUUUUCCUAAAGAUUAUGUUGGCUACAUCAAAAAAAUAAUGAAACUAAUGCAGCACAAAUACAAUCAAUUAAAACUACUUGAAGUAGAGCUUAGACAGGAAGGAGCUGGAGCCCCAUUACCAGAAGCAAAUGGCGUCAUACCGAGUAAGAGCGUUAUAUACAACUAUUGUAAUGGCUCCUACAUUGAAGAUAGUGUGGUGAAUCAAACACCAUUGAUCUCAGAACAGAGAGUAUUGGAUAUGAUUGAAAAUGCUUAUCCAAAUCCUUUGACAGUCGACGAUUUUGUCACUGCCGGAAAAUGGUCAAAGACGGAAGUAAAAGAUGCCUUAGAAUCACUAGAAGAGAAGGGUUUGACCCGCGCCAUGUCAGAAGGAGUUUAUGUUCGCCAACAUAGUGUUGAUACUCAGGUUGUGAAGCAAAUGCCCACAUUGUGUUCAUCGCGCCAGCCAAGUAUAGCUGUGAUAACAGCGUUGUACUGCGAGAAGCAAGCCGUGGACGCCAUGAUGGACAACCAAGAAACCUACGUUCGAUACACAACUGUCGGGGAAUCAAACGUGUACACACUGGGUACGAUAGGUAACCACAGAGUCGUUACCACUAAACUACCGUCUGUUGGACGAACAAGAGAAGCGAUGACCGCAGCUGGCAACACCACUACAAGAUUAUUAGGAAUUUUCCAAAAGGUGGAGUAUGUAUUUCUGGUGGGCGUCGGCGGCGGGGUGCCGCACUACACGGACUACGAGAGGCACGUGCGUCUGGGCGACGUCGUCGUCUCGUCGCCGGCACCGGACUUACCCGACAAAUAUGUUUACAUAUUCUGCGAGAAAGCGGAAAAGAACGCGAAAGGAGGAUGGGACUAUGAGGUGAAGCCAUACAAGCCAGCUGAUUUUCUUCUCCAAGACAUCGCAGCACGACUCAGCAACUCUAAAGCUAUUUGGGAUGCUUACGUUAACGAAGGUUUAGACCGGUUGCGAGGCGUGCCGGGCAGGUGGGAGGCUCCCGAGGGCGCCACGGAUCGCUUGUGCGUUGAGAUCGGUGAGGGCGCCUUCAUUGAGGUCUCGCAUCCCUCGCCACAAGGAGACCAAGUUGACCGCGCUGGCAGCGGUCUCCGCGUACACUUAUCUCCUGUAGCCGGUGGGCGCGCGGUCAGUGGGUCGGGCGAGGCUCGCGCGGCUUUUGCGGCUCACGCGCGCGCUCUCGCCUACGACUGCGAGCUCGACGCUGUGCUUGAUAGUGUCAUCGGGAACAGGAAGGACUGCUUUGUUUCUAUAAGAGGUAUAUCGGACUACCGUGACGGCACACGCGGCAAGGCGUGGCAGCCACACGCAGCGCUGGCCGCGGCCGCCGUCAUGAAAGGCAUCAUAGCCGCCAUGCCGCCACCUACUGACUAAACCUACAAAACCUUCCAACUCACCCGCCUCUAUAGACAAAUUACUUCUCUACACAAGCGUUAAAUCUGAUUGAGUCACGUGAUUAAGACUUGACCAUACAUUUGAGUUGGCGUUUGUAGAAAAGCCAUUUGUCUAGGGAGAGUUGGCUUGCGACAUUUUCAGAGUUCUGAAGCUGAAGACGUUUGGGUGGUACUUGUAACUUCAAGUUAUUAUAAUUGUAUUGUUUAAGUAUUUGUAUGGCAUUUAUUUCAAAAUCUAUAUACAGGCUGACUGGUUUAUCAAGAUUAAGACGAUUAUAAUCACGAAAAUGUACCUUAUUGUUUUUUGAAUAAGGGUGCUUGUAGUGAAAUAUUUCACUGAUGUGUGUGUGUCAGUAAACAAACGCACAGUUUUUAGUUCAAUCAUCAAAUGGUUUUUACUUUGAUCGAUCAGUCAAUCUGUGUAAUUUUGGUCAUGGGAUAUAGCACUCCACGUAAGAAGCAUAAGGCUUAUUUUCCUUUAGACAUCUAAAGUAUACAAUACGUACUGGUACGUACAUUAUAUUCUAGAUUUCUACAGUGUUUUAUUGAAGGAAGUUUGAGUUUCGUAUUGUUUAUACUCUUUAGUAUUUUACACAUAUAACCAGAUGUUCAUAAUAAUAUGCCAGUGAGAUUUUUACAUACCCAUUCAACAUGUAUACAAGAAAGUAUUUACAACUCCUUUAGAUCGUAUAGAUUACAACCAGUUGUGUUAAACAUUUUCAUAUUCUAAGUACAUACAUAGGUUGGUUAACAUUAUUUAAUAUGUAAUUACCCCGCAUUAGUAUACAAGUUUUUCACUGCCUUUAUGAUAGGGAGUAAAGCUACAGAUAAGCUAACAUAAAAUCCUGACAUUCAGAAUUCAGUUGAAUACUAAAUCUUGAUCUGAUUAUUCAAAAGUAAUGUAUGCACAAUGCACGUUUAUAAUGUCGUAAAAUUAAAAUAAAAUGUAUUAUAUAUCAAUAUGAUAUUCCUAUACUUGUUGGUUAGAUAAACUCUUAGAAGUAAUGCCAACCAAAAAAAUACCUUAAAAAGUGGCCAUUACAUUUAUCUCUGUUGCUAUUAUUUAUACAGAGUUAAAAUCUACCUUUAAUAUCUAAUGUACAGGUUUACUUGCCUUAGCGUUGGCUGUUAUAAUAGUAGUAAAAAUAGUUAUUUACAAAAUAAUAGGGUAGUUUUAAAUAGUGAAGUACACACGGCCUUUAUAAAAAACGAAUGCAUGUAGUGAUGCUCCUUUUAGUGUGGUCCAAAGGACUACGGAAAAUACUGACACAAAUAUAAUGUUUUAGAGAUUAGACUGUUUGAUUAUAUAUUUUUACAACUUAAUACAAAUGUCUAUAAAAUAAAAAGCAGGUUGGUUUGUGAUUCCUUGGCGCUCAAAUAAUUUUAUGUUAUGUUGUGAAAAGGGCUCAAAUCCACGAAUGUCUUCCUGCGUUCAGGUAAUAGACAGUUGAUAGGUUCUUUUGACAUUCUUCGUUGUAUUUUCCUUGCUAGAAUUACAAAGACGUUACCAAUUUCCAGAUUAUCGAUUAUAAGUUUUGUAUUGUCUAUAAAUUCUAAAUUGUAAGUACAUUUAGCGAAAAAUUGUUGUUCACUUUGCCAGAGCUUAGGAUAUGUACCUUAGUAUGUAAUAAAUUAUACCUAUUUAACUUUCAACAAGUAAUUUAUUAUAUUAUUUAUACAAUACUAACUCACUGCCAUCAAUGGCCUAUUAGUAAUUAUAAGAUUAACUUUGUUAUUGGACGAUGUUAUAUCAAUAUAUUAUAAUAUGUAAUACAUAUAAAAAACCAAAGUUUAGACAUUUGGCUGUUUUUUGACAACCUGGUCUAGUCGCCUAAAAUGUGAACAUUUUGUUGAAAUAUAUUAUUUACACGUAAUUCUUAAGAUUCAUUAAAUUGUAAAAGUUACAUACAUAGUUUAAUCCUCGUUGACGUUUAUGAAGGUGUUUUGGUGUUCGCAUUCAAAAACACUUCCCUACCCAUAUUAUUAUACUUUAUAAUAACAAGUGGCCUAUUAUGUAUAUUUUGUGGGAUGUAAGUCUGAUUGGGGCCAUAUUCUCAGGACUAUGUCAAUCUUGUUGACAUUUGAAUAUUUAUAAAAAAAUAUUUUUUGUAUUAUAAUAAUAAUUGUGUUAUUGCAAUGGUUAUCAAUAAUGAUAAAAUCAUGUUAAAUUAUUUAAAAAGUUUGAUAUUAGAGUGUCUUUCAUAACAGUUGACUGUUAUUAGUACUGUGUUAGCAAGUUAUUAUAUCGUCAUUCUAUUGUAUUGCACAAAUAAACGUUUUAAAAUUCA